UAUAUACAAAGCACCUUACUCUAAAUUCCAUGUAGUUGUUGGCUCUCAUUUGCAUUACUAUUUCAUUCAUUUUCCUGCCAAACAAAAACACAAAUGUGUCCAACUGGAGCCACCACCCUCCGCCACUCCGCCGCCAAAGGCCCUGAUUUCCGGCCAGCGUUCGAAGUCAUCGACGCCGACCGUGACGGCAAAAUAAGCAAGGACGAUCUACGGGCAUUCUACGCUGGGUUUUCGGGUACCGGGUCUUCGGACGAUGACGAUGUAAUCGGGUCGAUGAUGUCGGUGGCGGAUUCGAACGCGGACGGGUACGUGGAGUACGAAGAAUUCGAGCAGGUUUUGGAGCAGAGGAGUAAAAAUGGGUCUGGGUCGGGUGUGAUGGAGGAGGUUUUCAGGGUUAUGGAUAGAGAUGGGGAUGGUCGGGUCGGACAUGAGGAUCUCCGGAGCUAUUUUAAAUGGGCCGGGUUUGGUGAUGCUAGCGAUGAGGAUAUCAAGGCCAUGAUUAAAUUGGGAGGUGGUGAUGAAAACCAGGGGGUCACUUUUGAGGGUCUUCUCAAGAUUUUGGCUGUCUGAUUAGUAAAAUGAUUAUGAUGAUGAUGAUAAAUUUUACUAGCAUUUGGGUAAAUUCAGAUUUAGCUAAUUCAGUUUGUGCUUGUUUCUUUUUUUUUGGUAGUAAAUUCAUAUGAGACGAUUACUGAAUAAAGCUGCGAUGUGUUCAGAAUCGUCUAAUGAUUUUAAGUUCUUUUAGGAAUUAAUGGGAAAAAACAGAGAAGGGAGCAUUGUCAUGUUUGUUUCAUCUUUGUUUGAAAUAAAACUGAGUUAGUUGUUAAA